AUGAUGAGCAACGUGAAAUCGAAGAAGAAUUCACAUCUUCCUGUGGAAGAUGUUAUACCAUCCAAGAGUAAACAGAAAAAUCAUCCGAAGACAGCAGAACAAAGGGAUGAUGAUGAUGAUGAUUGCGAUGAUGUCAUGAUGAAGGAAGUUCCUGUAAACGAAACUGCUAGACAACAUUCUUCUAUUCCGCAGACUAUAGAGCUCAAUUCUACAUACCACGAUCAUGUGGACCGAGACGAAGAAGGAGCUUCAAGUAAAAAAACUGCUACUCUAGAAAAUGAUUUUAUUAGAAUCGUUUGUAUUUCGGAUACUCAUAAUGGUCAUUCCAAGUUAAAAUUCGACAGUCACAUCCGAAAAAUGCAGGGUGACAUCCUAAUUCAUGCUGGGGAUUUUAGCGAGCAAGGAACUGCCAAAGAGGUAAAUGAUGCAGUGGAAUGGUUGUCCUCAUUAGACAACUUCAAGUAUAAAAUAUUCAUAUCCGGAAACAUGGAUGGUAUUGGUUUGGAUGAGAAAUGUAACGGUGGAAGAAAAAUACAACUUGAGAAACUAAUUCCGAAAGAUAAAAAUGUGAUAUAUCUGGAAAAUGAAUAUAUUAAAGUUUCUGGCAUAACUAUCUAUGGAUGCCCAUAUACACCAAAGUUUUAUGGUGGUUUUCAAUAUGCUAGAAAAUCAAGAGAAGCAAAAAAUUUAUGGAGUGCAAUUCCAGAAGACUGUGAUAUUUUAGUAUCUCAUGGGCCACCACUCGAUAUUUUAGAUGAAAGUUCGCGAGGUAUGAUGUCUGCGUCAUGUUUCGACUGAUAGCUUAUUCGUAAACUAAGAUGCGGAAUGCAAGAAAAAUUAUAUUGAUCAUUAUUGAAUGUUGUGGGAAAUUCUUUAGUUUCUAGAACUUAAUAGUUAUUGUUAUCCGGCAUUGAAUAUCCUGCAAAAGUACAAAUAAUGGUAGGCCGUAGGAAGGCCGAAAGGAAUAAUGUGGAAAACAGAAAAAAUUGACGUCUAUACUAAAUGAAGGUUCUAAUGGUUUAUGGUUCAUUAUUGUUAAUCUGAUUAAUUUUUUGG